GGUGAAUCACCCGGAAGCACUUUUACAGAUUUCACCUUUCCUGUCAACCAGCAUGAACCAAACCUGGGACUUUAAAUGAAAAGUGAGCUUUCCUGUGAGUGUUUAAAUACUUUGAGCAUUUGAAGGUAUUUCUCUUUUGAAAAAGCAGGAAGCUCGACGUAUUUCCUGUUUGUUUCCCCGCUCGUUUACUGUCUCCACGCGUUCUAAACCAGGGGAUACAUUAGCAUUAGCACCUGAGCGCAGCACAAUGUCAACAGCACCGGAGGAACCGACAGGACGAGCCGCCGCCCCCGCGUCUCAGCCCGGCUCGAAGUUCAGGAGCUGCUGGAGCUGCCGGCUCGUCUCCGGAGGUGGUUUGAUCCUGGCCGGAGCUUAUGUGUUCAUGGAGGCCCGGAACGUGAUGCGACGAUGCGGAACCACCUCCAUGGGCACCGUGGCGCAGAUCACCUUCGCUGCAAGUUUGGCUGCGUGGGGCAUCGUCAUCAUCGCUGACCCGGUUGGAAAAGCGCAAAGAAAGGACGUGGGGACUCCGAGUACAUAAAUACAAGUAUUUACCAACAGAGACUGAAAAGAUGAUCAUGUGACACCGAGACAAAUAAGACACUGCUUCUGGAAAUGUGCAGAUACGUGUGACGAGCUGGCUUUUGUUCCAAGGGCAUCCAGCAGGUUUGGAGUUUAUCAGCUGCCUAAAUUAAAUUGGGAAGAUUUCAUGUAUUCGACUAAAAUGUUUUGAAAGUGUUUGUCGUCAUUGAAAUAUUUUGCACAUGACUAAUGAAAGUGUGGCAGCUGUGCACCAGUAAUGGUGGAUCAAUGCAUGGUCAGUAACAUGGCCAGUGUCUUUUUAAAAUUUAAAGUAAUGUCAUUUUUCUUUUUAAAUGCUGAUACUUCCUCGAAUGGUUUUAAGCCUUGUCAGUUUUUCCUUGUACAAUCACCAGACGAGCGAGGAACCAUGUUCUGAGUUUUAAUUCUUCUCUGAGCUGUUGCGGCAGCCGGCAAAGACUCUUCCUUCCGCACGUUGCUCCGUCACUGAUGUCGAACCACUUCUUGAUUCCGGGGAGAGGAAGUCGCUAUUGAAUCCUAUGAAAAAUAUGAAUUUAAUCCUCAAGGAGGUGAUUCUGACAGCAGGUGGAUGUAAGACCCGUUCACUGUAUGAUUGGUUCAGGAUUGAUGGUGCAAAUGAGCGACCCGAGGAACUUUUAACCUGCUAUGCUGUAAACUACUUAAUGUCUGUGUACUGUACUGGAGAAAGUGGCUGACACUGUGUGUGUGUGUGUGUGUGUGUGUGUGUGUGUGUGAGCGAGUGAGAGAGUGUGUGAGACAGAAAUUAAUAAAAACUGCCAAGAAACUUUCAGGCAGAGGAUGAACACUACCUGGUGCAAUGUUUAUAAAGAUGAAGUAACAAAGGAAUAAAGAUAUUUGUUUUUGA